ACACCAUCUCGCCUCUCUUGACACCAUACCCAUACAGCAAGCACUGGUCUGAGGUCUCUUUAUUAUACUCUUUCUCUAUCUCUGUAGAGUCUAUACGUUCAUUACUCACACUACAAUGGCAACUCUGCAGUCUCUUGCAUUAGCCUCUCCUGUGGCACAGCACUUGCAGCACCAAACCCGUUCUUUCUCAGGCUCAGGAUCUUGGGUUGUGAAUAAGAGUUCCUACUCCCUAUUCAAUGGCCAAUCGUUGUGCUUGCCUCGCCUGCGGUUGCCCUUGAUUAGACGAAAGUUGCGGACCUCUGGACUUGUUACUAUGAUGGUGAAACCAGCAAUUCAGUUUGUUCAAGGAGCUGAUGAACAGACUAUACCAGAUGUAAGGCUUACUAAGUCGAGAGAUGGUACGAAUGGCAUGGCGAUAUUCACCUUUGAUCAACCUUCAGUUUUUGACUCAUCUGCUGAAGUUGGUGAUAUCACUGGUUUCUACAUGAUCGAUGAGGAAGGGAUUCUUCAAUCAGUUGAUGUUAAUGCCAAAUUCGUCAAUGGCAAACCAGAAAGAAUAGAAGCAAAAUAUAUCAUGCGGACUCCUAGAGAGUGGGACAGAUUCAUGAGAUUCAUGGAGAGAUAUGCUAAUGCAAAUGGCUUACAAUUCGUCAAGAAAUGAGGCAAUGCAUAUCCUUCCCUUUCCCUUCUUUCUUUCACCUGUCCUCUUACUGUUUUUUAAAUUGCUCAAAAGCAAAACUUGAAGACAUUGGUUGAUGCUCAGUUAGGUUGUCUGCAACAUCACAUUCUGCCUCUCUUUAACAAACUUUGCAGUUCUUAAGUAGUGGUGUACACUUCCACUUCCUUUCACUACUUCAUAUGUGUAAGUGAGAUGGCUAGGGUUUUAGAACCUGUGCCUCUCAUGUAUAAAAUCUACUGUUUCAAAUUCCAGUUUGAGAUAAGAUGGAUUGAUGGAUGGUCAUUAAGGUAAA